AUCACACUCCAAUGCUAACUUUCCAAUCAAUGGAGUCAUGCGGGGGAGACAAUCUUGCAACUCUUUCAGCACCCAUCAUGACAGGAGUAUAGUGUUUCUCUUUGCCCAGUACGUUGUUCUGCACGACGCAUGCAUUUAAUUGAACCUGAUCAACAUAGUACCGAGGAUUACGAAGGGAAGCACGGCUCUCCAGCCCGAAGUGCAAGGGAAGCGAAGAUAGAACCGCGCUGUGUGUUUACCGGGUGAGGGUUGCAGGGGAGGCGGGGAUGAAUUUUUCAGCAUGGAUUAUAAUUCUAGGGGCGAUCAGCACCUCAGUUACGCCCACACAACACUAUCAAGUCAAUUGGGGCAGCUCUCCCUGUCCCGGGCGGAGCAGCAGAUGGGGCCAAGAGAGGCUGCCAGCCACGAGGGGAGCAGCACUGGAGGUGUGUACGGGGGCGGCCACCCUUACACCGGCUACCUUCCCCCCACGCACCAGCAGGACACCACACGCCAGUCCACACGGCACACUCGCCAGCAACGAAUGUUUCACCAGCAUAACCAAGAUUUGUUAACUACAUCAAGUCUAACUUUGGACACUCAUGCACUGUCCACCUCCCCUUCCCCUCGCCAGCUGCCAUCCCCCAUCCCACAGGAGUUCACCCCAAAGUCCUUCUCUCCCCUCGGCGCACCCUCAGCCCGGAGCACCAGCCAUGCCCUCUCUCUCUCCUCCUCCCCCAUGAGGUCCACUCUGGGGACGUCUCACCCAGCCUCCCUCAGCCCAAGACCUGACUUGGGCAUAAAUUGUAUGGGUGUCAACAGUCAGUCCUUUAGGCAGGCCAGGUUGGACAGUGUGCAGCUGGCCUCUAGUCUACCUACACAGCUGACAUCCACUCAUUCCUCACAACUGGCAUCUACAAUUCCCUCCCAGCUGCCCUCAAGCCUUCCCCCACAGCAGCUCGCUUCAGCUCUUCCUUCACAGUUGACACCCCCCUUGUCUUCACAGCUGCCCUCAAGCCUGUCACCACAACAGCUAGGCCCCUCCCAGCCUCCCCAACAGCAAGCACUAGCUGGUCCUUACACCUCCACACAGAUGCCCCAGACUGAUCCAGGGGUUGGGUUGUCCUGGCACCCUGCAGCAGGGAGCAGCCCAAUGCAGGGAUACUCACAGCUUCAUGCAGGCUCCACUCAGCAUCCACCCAACAACUUGACUAUGCUAGGAGUCAACCAGUAUUCAAAUCAGUCACUAGUGAAUGGCCAGAUGAGCCACAGCUUACACUUACAGCAAACCUUUCAGUCCCACCACUCACCAUCACAGGUUCAGUACAGCAACAUGGAUUACUCGGGUAUGCAGCAGCAACAACAACAACAACAGCAGCAGCAGCAGCAACAGCAGCAGCAGUACCACCAAAGCUUUGAUCAGCUGCAGUCCAUAACUCAGAACUCAGGGAAUUAUCAGUUUAAUAUUGAUUAUGUGGACAACUCUUAUCCUCAAGGCAUGUACCAGGACUAUUACUAUGGAGACUACCAGUACAGCGAUAAUUACUGCAGCUUUGGAGAAAGCUUCCUGGACCCCAACCAGCUGAAUUCCAUGGCUAUGCGAUCUACCACGCCUUAUGGAGAUGAAACUGUGGAAGAUCUUGGACCAGAGGAGGUGCGUUGGUUUUAUAAGGUGGAGGCUGAUAAGAAAUGGACACCGUUCAUUGGUUACGACUCUCUGCGCAUUGAAUGGAAAUAUCGGGAUUUGCUACAAGAUGUUAGAUCUGAGGAAGGUGGAAGUCCUGCAGGCAAACCCAAGUGGUCUGGAAAUCUCUCCCCGAAGGACAAACAGGAUGGAGCGCAGCAGGAUGUGGACAGGAUAGUGGUGCGUGGAGGCUUGUAUGAAGUGGAUGUGAAGCAGCGGAAGUGUGAGAGCAUAUAUUGGCAAGGUGAGGUUUAUAUUAUAACGCGAGGGACUUGGUUUUACGACACAUGGGGACCAGUGGAAGAUCAUGUGGCAGACCGCAUAGAGAUGGAACAUUUAACUCACUUCAGGGGGCACUUACUGUCUUCACAGAGAUUGGACGACACCACUAAAGAAGCUGUUCACAGUCUGUCGUUAUCUGAAGGAGAUGUCGAAUGGUUUAGUGCUUCUGAGGUGUACCUGACCUCAGAUGCCACACCUUCCCGCCUCAUGCGUUCAGUGGGCAAGAAACUUGGCUUUCAGAGGACUGGGUACAAGCUGCACCGUGGGUACAGUAUAGAUGCAACAUCCAGUGACAAGCCACCUGACAUAAACCACAUUGUUUUUGUCAUCCAUGGCAUUGGACAGAAGAUGGAACGGGGACGCAUCAUAAAGAAUUGCACUGGUUUAAGGGAAAGUGUGAACUACCUGAAGCAGAAGUAUUUCCCUGGCAUGAGCAAGAGCAGCAGUACAGUGGAGUUCUUCCCCGUUGAGUGGCGGUCCUCACUGGUUCUGGAUGCUGGUGUGAUAGACUCCAUCACUCCUCAGAAAAUCCUCAACAUUCGGCAAAUGUUAAAUGCUUCUUUCAUGGACAUCAUGUAUUACAACAGUCCACUCUACAGGGAUGAGAUCAUCAGUGGGUUGACAAAUGAAAUGAACCGCCUGUACACAAUGUUCACUCAAAGGAACCCCUACUUUGAGGCCAACCGGGGCAAGGUAUCCAUGGUGGCACACUCUCUCGGCUGUGUCAUCACUUAUGACAUCGUCACUGGUUGGAAUCCAGCAAACCAGUUUGAUCAGCAGCUUGUGCAGUCUUUGAUCAAGACCCUGGAGGAGGAAAAGAAGUACAAGAGAGAUUAUUCCACGGGCCUUAGAGAAGAACUACAAGUACUUCUCAGUAAUCACAAAUGCAGUCAUUCCCAACCUUCAUUAAAUUUUAAGAUAGAGAAUUUCUUCUGCUUGGGAUCUCCUCUGGCAGUCUUCUUAGGCCUAAGAACUAAACCUUCAGGUGAAACUACUGACAUAAUCCCCCAGAAGCUGUGCAAGCGUCUGCUCAAUAUCUUCCAUCCAGCCGAUCCUGUGGCUUACAGGAUUGAGCCUCUCCUCUGCCCAGAGUACUGCAAUAUUUCUCCAGUCCUCAUUCACUCAUACAAUGCAGCUGAGAAGUUGCCAUACAGUGAAAUGCCUUUGGAACCCAUUGGAAUUGCAAGCCGUGAUAAGGAAAAGGAAAGCAAAGAAGCUGGAGAUAAGUCAAGAGCAGAUUCUGAAUGUAACACUCCUGUCUCGUCUGUCCCCAGCACUCCAGUGAAAGGAGGAGCAAGUUCAUGGAGUCUUUGGGGACUUAUGAAAGGGAGCAAGAAAUCAAGUGACAGUGGCUCCACCAUCCCAGAAGUAGCAUCAGUCCUGCAGGAAGGAAGAAGUCUCAUGGAGCGGAUGGACUUUGUGCUGAGGGAAGGAAGUAUGGAAAACAGUUAUAUCUCAGCAGUUACCUCCCACACUUCAUACUGGACAAACUAUGAUGUGUCACACUUUAUCUUAAGUGUGCUGUACCCUGACUUACAGCCACCCACCUCAGCCAGCAAGCUGGAGAUUAGUCGCCCAUAACUCUGGCCAGUGCCUCGCUCCACCCCUUUGUGUCUGACAAAAGGAAGACUGAGGAGAGUAAAGGUGAUUGGAGGGAAAUGCAUACAUCAUGAGCUGUAUGUAUUCUUGAUGGAAAAUACCAUGUAAUUCUGGUUUUUCCAUAAAAUAAGGUUUGCUUGAAUAUGCAGAAAUGACAGUCUCUCCUCAGCAUGAACUAUAUGAUGGGAGAAAACAAUUUGCUCUUUUCUUUUCUACUCUAUUAGAAUAACAACAAAAUGUUUUGUCAUCAGAUAAGUUUAGGUAGACUGAACUUUUACUGAAUACUGGCUUACCAUUGGUCAAAAGCCUUCAUGUUAAUCAAAGUCAUAAGGGGAAAAAGCAAGUACAGUGUUCACUGAUCCCCUUCUCCAGCCAGCCAUUCUUGUAAUUUUUUUGUUGUUGCAUUCAUACUAAAUGACUUUAUUUUUUCUUUUUCUAGAAGAAUUACCCUGUGACUGUGAAUUCCUGUGAAUGACAUUUUUAGCAUUUGCUGGGUCUGUGCCCCAGCUCAUUAUGAGAAAAGGGGUUAUGGUGGUAAUGAAUUCAAUGUGAUAUUAUUCUCACCACAAGAUGGUUUCAAGUAGAAUUACAAACUUGAUAUUUUCUGGCACAAUGCUUGAACAUAUUUAUCUGUUCUUAUUUUGUAUUGUCUUACUUUCUUGAGAUAUACUAAUACAGUUGUUGAAUGUUUACAGUAAAUCAUAAAGGUAUCCACAACCUUAGGCUGAUUCCACUAAUACUCUUAGCUAUGUAGAGUUGGUACUGUCAGCAACAUUUACAGGGUUGUGAAUGACAUUCUUGAGCUUGAAUAGCAUGUAGUUGCAUUCAACACUAUCAGCACUAGAGAGUUUCCCAGACAAAAUGAUCAGUCAAUAAUUGCAGAUCUGAGCUGCUAUAUCAAAGGUGCCCAGCUUUGGUACCCUAGGGUUUUCAUGAAGUCAUCAAGCAAUCAAAAUUGCUGGUCCUUUUUUUUUUUCUUUUUUUUUUUAGCUUGGGUGUUCAUGUUUCUAAGAAUUAAGCCAGUUACCACACCAUGCUGGCUUAGGGUGUCUUUGAGGAACACAUUUGGUCUGAUUCCUAUGAGUGGACCUGCCUAGUAUUGUUGCAACUGUUUAUUUAAGCUCCUUUGAUAGUUGAAAUCCACAGACCUCUUUAUUACAUUAAGGUUGUGUUCCACUGAAGAGUUUUAUAUUGUACAGUAUACACAGUGGGCUUCAAGAUUCACGGGUUCAGCAUUCACAAUUUGAUUAUUUGCAGAUUAGCAUCAGAAGAGAAAUGUGUGCAGAAGAAAUUUUUUCACAGGUUGUCUCCCUCACCCUCACUCAUGCCAUGACAAUGUUUGUGUUAACAUCAUUGCCAUAUUUUCACUAUUGCUGCUAAGAGACCUUCCAAGACACAUUGCCAAGUUUGUAAGAUUACAAAACAAGUGUAUUUGUUUUUUUACAGCAUUAACAACAUGGAGGUGGAAAGUUAGGGUGUGUUGUGAUGAUGCAGCAUUGGCAUCAAGUUGGUGAUACCAAGUAGUAGGGAAGGUGGAGAAGGAGGCCACACCACAAUAUUCAUUACUUUACUUUCUCUUAUUAAAUAUUAAACAAAAUUGUUUGUAAAUACAAAUGCUUUGCUUUACUUUAACAAGACUGUAGGGUGGUUAGGAGUGUUUUUAGGGCCACACCACAAUAUUCAUUACUUUACUUUCUCUUAUUAAAUAUUAAACAAAAUUGUUUGUAAAUACAAAUGCUUUGCUUUACUUUAACAAGACUGUAGGGUGGUUAGGAGUGUUUUUAGGGAGCACACUAAUUAUUUACAGAUUUUCAACAUUUGCAGAUGUCUGUUACCUAACUCCCGUGAAUGUUGAUAGCCAAAUGUAUGUAUAUGUAUAUAAAUAAGUGGUAACAAAGAAGCAGCCAGAAACCUGAAGAGAACAACUAUUAUUUAAAAAGGAUAAUUCUACAAAUGAUUUUGGUCUUAUCCAAUCAGAACAUUGACAUUAUUUCUCAUUACUUGUAUUCAAGCUUGAAAUGGUUCAUUGCCAAAAUUUCAAAAUAGUUAUUGUAAGUAUGUGAACAUUAAUACAUUCUUUUCUAAAGUGUUAACAUAUAAUUAAGUCUGAUGUGUUUUAUGCAUCAAUUGGCAGGUUAUUUCUAAUAGUGGGGCCUCAUUAAUUCUGGAGGAAGUCAUAGAAUGAGAUUCAUUUGAAAAAAAAUGUAAGCACAAAAGUUGUAUACAUAGUUGAUUGACAGAAGGUAAUUUAACAAUAUGUAUGAAAUAAAAAAAAAUAUGAAGAACUUAAAGGAAAUAUGCACAGUUUUUUGCAAUACAUAAUGUGCUAAAGAUUGUAUAUUGCAAAAUGUAAAGUUUUCAUUAUACUUUAAUAAUUUUGCUUAUAAGAAGUUUUAAUAUAUUUGAAUUACUUUUGAUAUUCAAUAUCUAGUCAUGUAGAGUAAGAAAUUUGCUUUUUCCAGUUCUUACAUCAUAAAAUGAUCAAUAAAUUUUAUUUGAUGCACAACUUUCAGGUGAAAGCAGAUACCUGGUACAGCACUGUGUAUUUUGUUUUGUCAUCUGAUAUAUUCAUAAUAAAAGGUUGUUGUUAUGCUGAAAUUAGGCAAAAAUGUAUACAUAGACACUGCCUUGUUGUAUACUUAGAAGAUUCGUAACAGAACAGUGGAUUCUGUUUGAAAAAGAAAAUGUUUUUAAAGGAAGAUAUUCUUGUUAGAAUUACAGCAUCAUCAAAUUGUGUUAAGUGAUUUUGACAGGUAUGCAUCAGAAAAUAUGUGCAUUUGCUGGCAAAUAAGACAUUUGUCAGGGGAGAGUAUAAAAGUUCACCCUACAUCCUUUGCACCUGUAAUGAAAUUACUUUCAAGAAAAAUUAUUUUGGAAAACAUGGGUGCAUGUUACAGCAGUUGUCUUAUAUGGUGGCAAAUGUUGCACUUGUUAUACUGUGCUGUUAUGGUUAUGAAUACCUUCAUUAUUUAAUGAAGGUAACAUGUGCAGUGUGAUCUGUAUGUUGCACCGUCUGUUAAUAAUGCAAGAUGGGGGCUAGACAUCCAUCUGCAGUAUUAUUAUGUCUCAGGCUGAAGUUUCUUGAUAUUCAUACUGUAUUUCUUCUUACUUUGUUAUGUUUUGAAAUUUAUGGCUAUUUAUAGCAAUUUUCGUCUGAUACAGUAGAUCCUAUGAAAAACCUUAGAUAUUUGUCUUUGAAUGAGUAACUGAGGGCACAGGAGUUAACUCAAGGGACUUUUUUUCCUGAGCUUGAAAAAGAGUACAAUGAUUUAUAUUGAGUUCUUCAUACAAAGUUUGUGUCAAUUGUCAUUAGUUUUACACUUGCAUAUACAGAAAUACUUUGUGGCUCUGCAGACAUUUAUUUACCAUAUCAAUUUGUCAUACCACAUUCUUAUCUUUUGUGGAUCAUAUCAGUAAUUUUGCUCAUUACAUCCAGAAUCCUAUCUUAAAAUGUUUUGUUCUUACUAUAAAAAAAUUGGUUUGAGACACACAUAUAUCAUAAAUCUUCACACUAUUACUUAUUCUUUAUUCAUUUUAAUGUCUCUGCAGAGCGAUCCAUCAUCACUUUUAGGUUUUGCUAGAGGUAAGGUUAUAGUUUUUCUUCAGCAGAAGGAACUGUCACUACCCGUAGUGUUCCUGGAUUCCAACACGUGGACACCAAUGUUUACCUUGUGAAUCUGAGCCCUAGAGUUAAUGCCCACAUAUGUUUAUAUGGUGUUGUCAUUUUCAGCUUUAAGAUUGUUGAUAUUCAAGCACUGUCUUGAAACUUUUAUAUCUUGACUAGAAUUAAAAGUGUUGCAAUUUUCUAAGGUUCUACUGUAUAGUGUUCUAGUCAGUGCAUAGUUUGUUGUUUUCAUGUCUGUGAUUAUUUGUUGCAUACUGUGUUAUAGUCUUACCCACACCAUUUUGUGCUCAUUUGUUGCACCCUUAGAUGAAGUGACUUAUGGUAGUAAUUUUUUGCACUCCUAGAUAAAGUGACUUAUACUAGAAAUAGAGUCCAGUAGACAGUUUAAGCUUAAUUAGCAUACUGCAAUGGAGCCUCUGUGUAGACCUGAUAUGCUCAGGUCUUGGGGCUGACCUAGUCUGUGAUAUGCUCAAAGCCUCUGUCUUAGUCCUCAUUCUGUCUUCUACUUAUAAUUCUGUCAGAAGCUGAUAUAAUUUUACUUGUUCAUAUUGCUUUGAAAAACAAGGCUAUUUGUUGUUAUUUAAGAGUGCCUGCCCAUUUGAUUCUAAAAGCUAUGGAACAACAGAUAUGCUUUUGUGAUACAGUUCAGAUUUGCUGGUAUAAUUAAGUGCAGCAAUGUUUUCACUAUGGACUGUAGAUGUGAUAUUUAUUGAAGGACUCUCACCUCCAUCUCUCUGAUAUCUAAAAUAUAGUCAUCUUCAUAUGGUCAUAUGGCAUCUUUGUGAUAUAGUGGCUAGUGCACCAGGCUGUAAGCCACAGGUGCUGGUCUGAAUUCAGGCUGGAACAAUCUGUGUACAGUUCAUCCAAGUGUUCGUCUUUCCUUCAAGUUUGUUGAUGAAUGGAUAUCAGGGGAAGAUGAACCAUGAAAACCAGGAUGUCACAGUGGCUCUGUGUCCCAGGCUAAGGGAUAUCCACUGCAGGCUCAGGGUUCAGUGAGAUGUGGAUAGGCUAAGGCCACAUGCAACAAUACCUUUUACAAAGGUAUUGUAUGGGCAGUCAGUCAUAUACUUUACCCAUCCUACUUGAUCUCAUGCAGUCUGUAUUAGAUGAUGCCUGGAUGUAUUUCAUUACCAAAGCAGAGAAAACAGGUUAGCUUACAAAAAUAUUACUGAAAGAUAACAGAAAACACAUUUUAAAGAAUACAUGUAGUUGACAAUCAAAUGGCCUUGAUAUGAGGUACAAAUGAAUAACACUCAGCAGCUGGUACUAUAAAGUUCUCAUUACUGUUACUAAAAGCAUCCUGAAUUCUAAUCUGGUAUACCAGAAAUUUUAUAUAUAUAUAGUAGGGUUAUUUUCUGCAAAUGUUCUGGACAAUUAGAACAUGUACUGUAGGCUAAGGACAGAAGCUUACAUUUUCCUCUUAAUACAACAGAAAUUGUCAUGAAGAUUGGCAAGACAAAUCAAUAGGAAUAGCGUGUGUGUCAGAGGAUUAGAUGAUUGACACCAAUGUGAAUGGUAACAGAUAUCUGUGGCAAAGCAGUGAAAGGCUUGAACAAGAGUGGCCAUAUCAGAAGAGUCUUGCCUUGUUUUUGGUGCUCCUUUAGAAAGAAUGUUCACCAUGAGAUUAGUAAGACUGCAAAAAAAAAGAGAGAGACUGAGACUGGUGAGUGUUUUUUUUUACAUUGUGGUGGCAAAUGAUGACGAGAUUUAUGGCCUCAGCAAAUAUUCAGUGAUGGAGUCAGUCACCUCCCAACACCCUGUUAGAGGCUAUAUGGUCAUUGUUACAUAGUCUCAUAGGAUUCUUUAUUAUUUUAUCUUAUAACCCAUUCUGCUUGUAUAACCUCUGUACAAAGCCACAAUGGAGGUACUAAGCUUUGAACCACACACAUAAACUGGACAUUAUGUUAUUGAUUACUAAAUAGCAAUAGUAUUUAGCUUCAUAAGUGAUCAUUGCAGGCACAGUCCUAGUUGUCUCUUCUAUGCCACUUAGACUGAUCACAUCAGUAUCUGAACUUAUGAUUCUGACAGUAAAUAUAAGCAGAAGACAGAGGCAAGACUAGAUUCUUGUGAUGACAAGCAAGGGGGAAGACUUGUAUAAAACUUCCUUUCACUGGAAUAUUCCAUGACUCUCUCUUAUUGUCAACAUUAAAUUUCACUCUAAGAAACUUGGCUGUUGUUCAGCAUCAAUACAUAUUAAUUCUUAUAAUAAUUUUCUGUAGAGUAAUUUCUUUCACUUUCUUGUUUUUGUGAAAAUAGCAAUUAGUAAAUAAAAGAGACGAUUUUGGCACAAAUGUCAGUUGUAUCAUCAAACUGCAUGAUUAUUUUAAUGGAAUUGAAAGUGUACGUGUGUGUGUGUGUGUGUGUGUGUGUGUGUGUGUGUGUGUGUGUGUGUGUGUGUGCGUGCGUGCGUGCGUGCGUGCUUGCGCGUGUAUGCGUGCACGUGCGUGCGUGCGUGCGCAUGUAUGCGUGCAUGUGCGUGCGUGCAUGCGUGAGUGCGUGCAUGCUUGUGUGUGUGUUAAUAUUAAAUUUUCUACAUACUUUGCAGAAAUUGACAUGGUGAUGCUCUGUUCCAUUCUUCCUCCUCUGAGCCUCAGCAUGAUGUUGUGAGUAAGUUGCAUACUAAAUUAUAGAAAACAAUGUUCAUCUUUCAGUUUAAUUAUUUGAUUUUAAUUCUAUAAUUUUCUAGUUUUAUGUAAGUAGAUUAAUCCUUCUGUUUUCAUUUUUCAUUUUUCAUAUUCUAAGCUACAUUGUUUGGUGUAUCUUUUCCAAGUAAUUUGGGUUAAAUGAAAAAUAUCAAUCUGAGUGAAUGGAGGGCUAUUUAAAAAAGGGUUGUAAUCAACUAGCAUAGCUUAUUUCUUGUACAGAGAACUGGUGCUUAGUAUUAACAUCAUACUCCUGAAUACAAAAUCACUCAUCAGAUAAUCAGGAAAACUGGAUUAUUAACAUAUCACUGGGUUCAAUUAUAGGAGAUGACCAUCACACCUGCAGAGUUCACCAUCACUUGAUGCGGUGUUCAGUGCCAUGGAUACACAUACUGUACUGUUAUUAUAAAGUUAAAGAAAAGCUAAUAAAUACAAUUUACUUUGUAGUGCUUGGCUGGUACAAUGGAAGCAUGUGUGGCUGCUAUUCUGUGGUUUUGAAUUCAAGCCCCACUCAGGCUGAAGUCUUUUCACUUGUCAGACAUUGUUGCUCCUAUGAACAAGGGGUAAGGAGUUGAGUUAGCCACUUGGUCUUUCUGCUGAUACAACCAUAGCCUAGGCUGACUCAGGUCUUAUGUGAAUGAAGAGGAGCCCUGAGAUACCAGUCAUGCAUAUGAUGGAUAACUUAAGUGUUCACAUUUUCCCAUCACUCUUGUCACCCAUUAGUGACCUUUAACCUUUAACUGUGGCAGAAUGGUUUGCUUCUUGUAGCUUUAUGGUAAGGUUCAGCUGUUAAAACCAAGGCAACAAGAAUCCUCAGAAUAAUGUAACUGUAGUCACCACAGACUAGAACGAUUCAGGAGUUUUGGCUGUGUCUCCAACCUCUUUUUGGCAGGUUAACUGAUUGGUCACACAUAAAGUUCUUGCCACUUCCUAAAUUUUUUUAUACAUAAGAUAUUUUCAAUCUCCAUAUCUCUUACCCUUAUCCUAACUUUUUUUUAUAUCAAUAGGAAAACAAUAAUAUUAUCAAAGUAUUAACUAUAAAAAAAAUUGUGAAAACAAUGUAUGUAUACUAAUUCAUAUGACUAGACAUGCACCAUGUUGAAAUUUAUUUCCACAACUUUUUCUAAUUAUUACUGAUGGUUCACAUUGAUAAUUUUGAAACUGACUUACAGCAAGGUUUUCAGAGUUAACAUUAUUUAAGUCAAAACAUACUUUUAUUCUUUUAAUAUUUUAUCCUGUCAUUGGAUGCAAACUCUUAUUUUUGCCUAAAGUGUUCCAUAAACAUUUAUUAUUAUUAUUAUUAUUAUUAUUAUUAUUAUUAUUAUUAUUAUUAUUAUUAUUACUAUUAUUAUUAUUAUUAUUGUUAUUAUUAUUAUUAUUAUUAUUAUUAUUAUUAUUAUUAUGAAAAUGCAUGCAAGGGCGUCAAGGAAAAAUUUUAAAACCAAUGUAGACCCAAGCAGGGUCCCCCCUAUGGGCAAACAUGAAUGUGAAAAAUUAAAGAAGGAAAAAGUAAAAUAAAAGAAAAGUGAUAAAUACUUACUAAGUUAAUAGAAACUUUUAUUUUAAAUUUAUCUAUGGCAGCUUCAGAAACAGUUUCAUCAAGAAGUAGUUUCCACACUUUAGUCAAAUUGAGGAUAAAUGUAUGGUAAUAUUGGUUGGUUGAACAAAAAACCUGCUGAAAAGCAUGCCCACUGAAAUGUUAAUUAUAUUGUGUUUGACAAACAGGGAUAAACUGAGGUGGCAAUGCUCUGUGAAGAGGAUGUUCAUUAUUAUUGACAAUUUUAAUAACACUCUUAAAUAAUAACUUAAUAACAAAUGAAUACUGUCCAAACCCUGAAGAGAAAAUAAGGACAUUAAACAAAAUUAUAGUGAUGACAAUAAAUGGAUUGAUUUAACAUUGCACAAAUCAGCUCAUGUCACUGUCAACAUUAACAGUGGUUGCUGAAAUUAUUUCAUUACACAAUACUAAUGUAUUGUCCAUAGUAAUGUGUUGUCUCUGUGAUAGUUAAGCAACAGUUCCCCGUAUUAGAAACUAAGAAGUGUUAAAUCUAAAUUCCUCCAUCUAUCUUAGCAUGAUGAGAAUGGUGAAUAAAAUGUUAUAUAUUUAUUUCUCUCUCUUAUAAAAUGUGUAAUAUUUAAUGCUGAAUUACUUAUGAUGUUAUAGCAUUUUGAUGUGCAUGGUAAUGAUAUAGUUACAGAUGACUAAUUAUAGUAUAACAGUUUCCACCUGAACCUUUCUAGCUGAUUUUCUGAGACGUUGAGUGUAGUACUUUUGAACAUAUAAAAUAUUCCAUUAUUGUUGCAAUAAUUUGUUUACAUGUAUUAAUAUUCAGCUUGUAGCUGGUCAAGUGUAUCUGUGAUGUGUACAAUGAAGAAUGUAUGUUAGGUGGCUGUGUCACUUUAGUAUGUGUAUGACAGCAGUGCUACCCUAGUAUUAGGCACGCUGGGACAGCAGCAGCAGCAGCAGCAGCAGCAGCAGCAGCCAGGUGCAUUAGUCCAUCAGUCAGUCAAUGUCUUCCCUUUAGGUCAUUCAUUAAAGAUCUCUGUAAGACUCAUAGGGAAAAGUGUAACAUUCAGGUACUGAACUUGUCCUACAUUAUCUACAUUUCUUAUACAAAUGUAUGUAUCUUACUCUACUUUUGGGUGAUUCCUGUUUUAUGCUGCCUCUCACCAUGCAAGUCGAGUGACUUUGCAUUAUUCAUUUUACUUGAGUCAAUUAUACAGAAAAGUAAAAAAAGUUACUUGUCACCAUUCAGGUGCAGACACUCAUUCUUUUACAGUAUUUCAUGCUAUAUUGUGGAUUCUGCUGCAUGUGAGACAGAGGAAUGAAGUAUGAGUACAUGGACUCAUUACAUUCCAGGAUUUUAUUUAUUUAUUUAUUUAUCUAUUUAUUUUAUUUAUUUUUAUUUUAUUUAUUUAUUUAUUUAUUUAUUUAUUUUUAUUUUAUUUUAUUUUUUAUUUUAUUUUAUUUUUUUAUUUUUUUUCCCUCCUUUUUUGGUCACAAGCCAUGUACUGCUAAAUCACUUAUGCAUGUGCUCCUGUUUCUUUAGAGUGACAAAGUAGGUUUCCAAGAAACAGUCGUUUUUUCUCACUACAUAUCUAUUAAGAACAUGACCUUAGAUCUCCAGCCAUUAGGAUCAUAGAAACUCCCCAAACAAGUUCAUACUCCAGCUCUAUAAUGGUUCCUCUCAGGUGACUAAAAAUACAGAUAUCAUCAUGUUCAUUACCUGACUGAACUCCCCUCACCGUAAUCUGGCUUGACUCAAGACCCUUAUGGUUAACAAUUUCCUGGAAAAGUUACAUACCAAGUAAUAUUACCAUGAACAGUCAAGUCAUAUAGACAAAACCUGAAGUGAUGAGAGUCAUUUGUUUGGUGUCACUGCAGCCAUACAUAUGUAGAUACAUAUAGUAAUCUUUCAAAUCUGAAAUACUCUAUUAUUGGCAAGCAUAAAAUGAAAAAUUGUAGAAACUAUCAUAUAAGAAAAUAGAGCCUAUGGAUGCUCAGCACUUCAGAUCAGCUUAUGCCAUGAUGAUUUGACAUAUAAAAUUUAUGUGCCUUGAUAUUAAAUUAUUAUUAUUAUUAUUAUUAUUAUUAUUAUUUUUAUUUUUAUUUUUAUUUUUUAUUUUAUUUUAUUUUAUUUUAUUUUAUUAUUAUUAUAUUAUUAUUAUUAUUUCUUUUUUUUUAUUUACUUUUUUUCAUUUCCAUAUUUGGUAGAUACUGAUGCUUCAGUUUGAAGGGCUUGAAAAUGUUUAGAUGACAGUCAUUACAUAAAAAUAUGACAUAAAACAAGUAAGUGAAGACUUUGGUUGUUCCUAUUUAUUUAAGAUGGGUUAAUGUUAUGGCUAAGAAAUUAAAAUGUUACUGAGUAUAAUAUGAACAUUUCUAGAGAAACAUAAUGAUCCACUGUUCCUCGUCUUCCUUCAUCUGAAGGUUGUGUCAUGGAGUACAGUUGAAGUGGAGUAAUUUGUAAGCCAUUUGUUAUCACACCAGGUAUGGUGCAGUAAUUUCAAUACUUGGUAUACAUGCACAUGGUAAUGCUGUCACUGCAAUGCUCUCACUCGCUGAUUGGCUAAAAUAUUCACGUUUUUUUUCAAAUAUAUGGUAAAUUGACUUUGCAUUUUAUCAGUGGUUUUAUACAAAUAAGUAUAAUGUUAAUACUUCUAUGCAAUGUAACUUUUUAUCUAAUGAAUACAUGGUAGAAGGGGAUAGAAAGUUAAGAAGCAUGUGGAAAAAGAGAAAACAGAUGGAGUUAGGCUGAAAGUUAAGUAAUGAGGAUGACACAUGGUAGGGGAAUGAAUGUAGAGUUAAAUAUUAAGCUGCUUGAGGAAAUAAUAUUUAAUAAUACUGGAAUGAAUACAAUAAGGUGGUCUUGUGAAAAAUUGGUCAGCUGAAAAUAUGGAAUAUAGGAGUAUGAGAAAGACAGAAUGUAAUGGGGAUGAGGUUUCUGAGGAAAAGAUACAAAGGGGAGCUGGUGUUGUAAGGAAGUUGGCUGAUUGAGCAAAGAAAGGAAUGUUAUGAUAGAUUGGGUUUGUAGAUAGGAUGAAAGAAGAACAAUAGUGAGUAAGGUAACUUGACUGAAUGUGAAAAGUGCAUGGCUAGGAAGACAACAAAUGUAAGAGGGGCACUGGCUGAAGACAACAAAAUUUAUACAUUUAAAAAAGGCCCAUUUAGGUGUCAACAUCCAAAGAAAGAGAGCCAAAAGGAUUAACCAAAACUAUUAAUGAAUUUUUAAUUAAGGAUGUGUGUAUAUUAGGUACAUGUAAAGCUGUGUGAAGCAAGAUAAUUUUAUUUAGAGGGCAGGCUGUGACUGCCUCCUUAUGUUGUGAGACACAAUAGAUAUUCAAGGAGGUCACAGCUGGGUCAUAGAUAAGUUUAUAGCAACCUUGAUCCAGUGCUUGUGAGACCUCACUAAGAGUGAUUACCAUUUUGGCAAGGAAGAAAAGAUCAUUAUUAUUUUUAGGAAUGAUAACAGUACACAGUAAACAUGAAGCUUAAAAAAAUGGCAAUACAAAAUAUCAUCAUCCCAACAGACAUGCAAUGCAGAAUGAAUCCUGUGAAAAUGAGACAUGAAAGAGGUGCCUUUAAUGUAAAGAGAAUGGACAGAAAGGGCAACAAAAGUGCAUGUGGAAGAGCAGCAUGUCUAGAAAGGAGACAAAAUUAAUCACUUAAUGAUGGAGAUUUUGAAAUUAUAUGAUUAUGUGAACAGUAUGGCAUUGCACAAGUAAGACAAAAUGUGUAUGACUGUAGGUGCAUGAAACUGAAUUUGUUAAAAUGAAAAAGGGAGAAGGGAUUGCAGUAUAUAAGUAUAUAGACAAGAACAGGUAGAGUUCUGCUGUAGCCACUGGUCAAGGAAGCUCUCUGCAACCUGCAUCAGUAACAGUGGCUGGAAUUAUAGGAUUGGAAAACUGUAUAAUGUAUGUGUCUUGCGCACUUAUAAAUUGUCGUCAUUUUUUAUUUUUUAUUUUUUAUUUAUUUAUUUUUUUUAUGACUAAAAAUAUUUAAAAAAUUCCAGAUUUGUGAGACUACUGCAUGUCACUUUAAUCAUUACUAUUGAUCUUCUUAUGGUGUAUCACUCCCAACAAAUGAAAGAAAGAAUGUACCAAUUUUGCAAAGUGUGAUUUCCUCCCCAAAAUAUUAUGUACGAGUAUACGUAAAGACCAUGUAUAACAGUGGUGUUCCAGCUGUAAUGAUGAAUGCAUGACUUGUUGACUGUGUGUGAUGCUACUACAGUUUCUUAGUGUAUUAGGAAUCACAGAACAUAAUGAAUAUUAUAGAGAACAAAAUUGAUGUAAAAAUUGGGUAUUUGGAAAAAAAGAAAGAUUUGUUUAGUAAUAUGCAAGUUGACUUGACUCAGCAUUUUAUUUUUCCAUGAAAGCAAUAACAUAUGCUAGUGGUGUAUAAUUAAGAUGCUCUAAUCUAGUAUCAGCUGUACUUGUGAUAGCAUCAGGUUAUUGUUUGUUGUUAUAGGUAUAAGAUUCUUAAGGAUACCUAAUGGCAGGGGAAAAAAAAUUACUCUUAGAUAAAUUCAUAGUACCCCUUGAUCCAGUGUUUGUGAAAUCUCAUUGGGAGUAAUUACCAUUUUAGCAGGUGCUACUGCCUCCCAAGACAAGAGUGAUGCCUCCUGAGAAAGAGACAAUAGCAGUACACUGAACCUUUAAUUGAUGAAAUUUUAAAAACAUAAGUGUUGAAUGGCAUCUUUGUUCUAGCAGUGGUUUUCAGUCUUUUUCCUCUCAUGUUCACUAAGCCAGGUGCUAAAAUGGGUGAUGAACACCAUCAGUAUUUAAAAGUGGAACUAAUGAAUGCUAAUAAACCUUCAUACAUUAAGCAUGUUAAUUAUUGCUAAUUAUUUAUUGUCUUUUAUGGAUUAUAAUUAAGAUUUCAUUUUAAGUUUACUUGGAACCAUUGCUUGGUUUGCUAGUUUCCUGCCACAAACAACAUAGACUGGAUAUGGUUCCUCUUCCCCAGAUGAAGUGAUUCUGAAGGACAAGUAGUCUUCUUUAUACUGCUACACAGCUGACUUGGGAGUAAGGGUAUGUGCAGAGAACACUGGCUUUCUUGCACGAACAACUAGUGCCAACCCAUGGCAAGAAUUACACUAUAUAUACAAGUGUAAGCAUGCACAGAGGAAGCUGUCUGGAGUGUGUCAGCACAGGCAACUUGCUUCUACCAGCUAUCCUUAUUCCCCUAGACAGCUUUCCUUAUUCCCCUGGACUAUUCUUGCCUGCUCAACUCACAUGAAUAGAUGUCUAGCAGUAUGGACAUUUCAUUAUAUAGAUUUAGUACCAUAUUAAAUUUGUUCUGGAAUUUAAUUUCUGCAUAGUUAAGAGUUAUGACUGGUCAUUUUUCUGGCAGAACAAACUAUCUAUACUGGUUACUCCAGAUUUUUACCAGGUGAAGCUCAAUUUUCUUGAGAAUAUAAUCAGAAGUAUUUUGGCUUAUCCAUGUGUACUCAAAUCUUCUCAAGUGUCUUUUUUUUUUUUUCACUAAAAAGAUGAUGUUCUCCAUACUGUUUUGUUUUUGUGAUUUAUUUCAUGUAUUUCUCCUUUUCUUCUUUUAAGUUUUGCAUGAGUAUUCCCAAGCAACAUUAGCUCAUCAUCAGCCAAUGAGCCUGACAUUUUUUACUUCACUGCUGGUGAAUCACAGUUAACAAAUAAAUCUACUACAGCCUCCCUCCUCACACUGCUCAGACCAGAUUACAUACUUGCGUCCUUUGUGAUCACCUACCAGUGCCUGAAACCAGUGUGGGGCAGCCUCUAUCAGUGCUGGUUUCUCAAGCAAGAAAACCAGCGUUCUCUGUGCACGCAUCCCUACACUGCCUGUCCUAAUUGUCUCGCUUCCAGAACUAGUUCCUGUCACGGUAGCUUCACUGCCCUUAUCCUUUAGUGUUCAUUUCCAAAUUACAGAUUGAUCCAUAUAUAUGAGAUCUGAAAAACGAAAACAUCAAUUGGUGCUAAUUAUAAUUAUAAUUAAUUAUAUAUAAUAUAUUUAUAAGUAUACAAAUAAAGAAAUAGUUAUGUUUACAUUUUUUUUUUUUUUAAUGUGACUUGUAGCUAAACACUUAAGAGCAUCCUUCUUUUACUUUUAAAACCAUGCAAGGAAGAGUGGUGCUGGACAACAUAUCCAGUUGCUGCUGUGAUGGAGGCCUAUCCUAUCUUAAUCCAACCUGAUCUAACUUAACCUAACCUUAACUUUAACUUUAACCUGCUUCAGUCAGUCAGUUCAAUGGUCCUUGGGCCAGCAGCAGCAGCUGCUGUUGCUGCUUCUUGCUCUGAUGCUGGUGCUGCUUGUUCUUCUAAUGCUGCUUCUUCCUCUGAUGCUGCUACUUCUUCCUCUGAUGCUGCUGCUUCUUCCUUUGAUGUUACUGCUCCUUCCUCUGAUGCUGCUACUUCUUAUGCUGCUGCUGCUUUUUCUGAUGUCUAUCCUUCCUCUAAUGCUAUUUCUUCCUCUGAUGUUGCUUCUUCCUCUGAUGCUGGUGUUGCUUCUUCUUCUGAUGCAGAUGUCGUUUCUUCUUCUGAUGCUCCUUCUUCAGCUGUUGGUGUUGUUUCUUCUUCUGAUGCUCCUUCUUCAGCUGUUGAUACUUCCUCUUCUUCUUCUAAUGCUGCUGUUUCAUCCUCUGAUGGGGUCUCUCCUAUUACUCUCCAAAACUGUACUUCCAUUGCCCAGUCAAACUCUUCCAACUUUUUCAAAAUCUACCUUUCCUUCCUCCUGGAAAUUUGCCUAUAAGCAGCCUAUUCCUAAAAAUGAAAACUACUCUUAUCUCUCAAACUACCAUCCUAGUGCUCUUAUUUCUAGCUUCUCUAUAGUUUUUCAAUGUGUCCUGAACAGGAAGAUUCUUAAACAUCUAUCAUUUCAUAAUCUUAUAUCAGAUUGACAUAAUGGGUUUCAUUGUGGCCACUACUGAUGAUCUUCCAACUUUCUUUACCAAGUCAUGGUCAUCUUUUAGGGAUUUUGGUGAAACUUUUGCUGUUACCUUAGACAUAUCAAAAGCAUUUGAUAAAGUCUGGGAAUUUUCAAACUACCCUCCUACAUAUCAUAUCCUUCUUUCUGUAUCCAGUUACAUAAUCUUUUUCUUGUUUAUUCACUUUAUUAUUUGUCAAAUCACAUCACCAUUCUUUUGGCAAUUCACCUCAUUAUCUUACAUAAGCAAAGCUUAGCAGAUACUAUUACAAUUUAAUUCUCUUUCAUCCUCAGUAACACUUACAAAUAAAUAAUGCUUAGAGGGAAAAAAUAACAUUUCCUUUCAAUCCAUUUUAUUACAACUACUGUACAAACCAUAUAUGAAAAUACUUUCGAGGUAAUUCAACAUGUAUUCUUCAUAAAUGUUUAUCAAUAAGGAAUACUGACUUGUCAAGCAUGGACCUCAAACCUAUUUCAUCAUUAAAACUUUUUAAAAUUGUAAUAAUUUUAAGCAUACAUGAAGAUCUUUUCCUUUUUAUAUUUAUUAUAGUAUGUAUUCUAACUUUACUUGAUAUUGUACAUUUAAUACACAUAUUUUUGUAAAAAUUUCUCUCAGGUAGCACACCUAAAACACACAAUAAGUCAUCUUUAAACAAGGAACAAAAAUACUAACAUAUAUAAAUGGCAAGAAGCAAGGAUAAAAUAAGUGAUGUGGAAGGUUUAGCAUGUCUAGCCAUAGAGGAAUGAACUGUGGCAGUUGUGUUGCUGACUAGAUCACUUGCAAAGAACUAGAUUGACUAUGAGCUUUGAUCUAAAUUUUGUCACAUACAAGUUUGAGUCAGGCUCAUGUGGCUUGCACACACGUUUUUAUGCAACAUAUCUUAAGUUUGGCCAUGAAGCCAAAGUAAAACACACUGAUUUGAGUUAGACUGAUAUGAUGUGAUGCCUCUAUAAAAUGGGAUUACAGCAUUAUGACAUGCCAUAAAAACUCCCAGAAAGAAAUUUUAAGAUACAGACAAUGAGUCUGUAAAAACUCCAUAUUCUUUAAACCUCAAAGCAGAAGCUAGGAAAUAGUACACAUGACAAGACCAAAUGAUAUAGAAAUUUCACCUCAUUUCUCAAAACAUGUAUAGUGCCUUAAUAUAAAACAUGUAGGUAAGCACUAUUUAAUGAAUGCAAAAAUAAAAAUACAGAUAAAAAAUGAGGUUCUAUGAGGAUAUAACCACAAAGGGGUGUUUUACAGUGCAGUUACAGCUUGAUGUGGGUACAUGUAGUGUGACAUGAAUGAACAAGAUAUUUCAUGUCAUUAUCUGCAGAAGGUCCCCAAAGUGGAAACAUUGUUGUAAGAAAUAAGAUGGAAAUUUUGUGAUGUGGGAGGACACACUAACUUUAAAUUUCUCAGAAGUACAAUAUUUGUAAUUUUCAUCUUCCAACAAUCAAGAUCAAAAUCCAGUAACACACUACACACACUUCCUCCAUCUUUAUUGUUGUCCCUCAUCUUUUCUUGUUAAAAAUUUAUAGUGUUUCAGAUUUCAUGAAGAAAUUGACAGCAGAUAAGAGGACUUGUUAAGGAAAAAGUCAGAAUGUCUUGGAAGGUUAUUCAGCUUCUGGACACAAAUGAACCAUCAGCAACCAUCAGCAUAAACAAAUUCUUCUACACUUUCUUCUUAACCAUGUGUACCAAACAUUUCAUAUUAAUUUUACAUUAUGAUGCUCUUGGAAAUAAUCUGCUGACUAGUUACUUAAAUGUUCUUACUGAUGAUAUCACUUUAUUUUCCUGCAAACCUCUGUCUUAUUCAGCCCAUGUCUCUAUACUUGCAGUCUUCUUAUCCAUGCUUUCAUGUUUGCAAAAAAAAAACUAAUGCAUGCAAUUAUUUCACUGUUAAUGGAGUGGAGGGCACUAUUAUCAGCCAUUUACAAAACUGUCAGUUCUUUAAAGCUAAUUUUUUUUUUUUUUUUUUCAGUCCUCAGCU